CAUUUUGCUUUUCGCUUUCCCAGACGCCCACACUUCAUGACACGAUAUGGGACGGACCGGGCAAAGAAUCUCGGGUUGUAAGAAUUGCCGUUUAAAACAUCUGAAAUGCGACGAUGAAAGGCCGUGUGCUCAGUGCGUCAAGAGAAACCUCCAUUGCGACAGAAGUCUCCAAUGUCGAUUUCGCCACAGCAGUAUUGGCUCGACAACACGUGGAAAAGGAUUAGACUUUCCAUCUGGUCAACGGUGGUGCAAGCUCUUGAAGCAAAAGAUCGAGUUUGUGGAUCAGACGUUAGACAUCGUUCGAUCAUUCAACUCAUUUUCAGACCCCGGAGCCUACCCCAGCUCUUCGGAAGGCCAGCCCUUUUGCUUCCUAGAAAGACAAGACGCAGAACAUACCUCACCAUGUAUCGAUGGUCAACAUGAUGUCGACGGUGUGGGACAACGUCUGACCAGCUCGACUUACUCGCAUACAGAUAGUCAACCCCAAGCGUCUAGUAAUCUAGACCACGCCACUUUGCCAUUUCAUCAACAUUCUGACCAAUUGCCUGAGCUGGUGUUUCAGGAAUACACAACCAUUGCGACCGAGCAGAUCGAUAGUAAUCUGCAUAACACCGGAUAUACAACACAGGGUACCUAUUCUUCAUACGGUGAUAAAUACCAGCUACGUCUACCCACUUGCGUGCUCAAGCGAGACGAGGCAGAGUUGGUUCGUCACUUCUUUUCCGGUUUCAGCGAUGCUUUCGAUCUUGGGGAUCCAGAUCGGGCAUUCUCCAGUUGGUUAUCAACCCGAGUGUUGCAACAUCCUCGACUUCUAGAGUCUAUCUUGACGAUCGCCUCGAGACACUUUGGCAAGGGGGAGACCAAUACAACUUGCCUGGAUUCAGCAGCUGAGCCGUCUUCUGAUUACACUCAAUGCUUGCCUAGCAUUAGUUCAUAUAUUGACUCUACUAUCCACAAGACUCAUUCUGUUGCGAACCUGUUAUCGCGAUUUGCGCAUAGCAUGGAAGCUAAAUGCUCGGCCUCUCCUCCCUCCCUCGGUCAAGCGAACAUGACGGACGAACCGAUAGAACCCUUUAAACAAGAGGACCUCCCCGAAGCUGCCUGGUGGGCGAACCUGCGACUGGAAGCCUACUUGGCAGUUGUCACUCAGGCACCUUUCCCAUCAAACUUAGAUUCCCUGCGCGCAGACAAAAAAGGUGCUCCCGUCGAUGACAAAGACUGGGCGAACCUAAUGCUUCUUCACCUGGCAGACAUCAUCCGAUACUGCUUCUCAGACAAUAAAGAUACCGGGCACUAUGCUGCGCUGCUGAAAGAUACUACUAUCUGGUCUAAAUCAAAACCAGAUUCCUUCGAUCCUAUAUAUACAUGUCAUCACUCCGAGGAACAAGUACUUCCAGACAUAUGGCUGUAUAGUGAGCCAGUGGCUGCUGGCUUGCAAUACUACCAUCUUGGCAGGAUGCUUCUUAUUUCUCACGAUCCGCGUCUUCCCAAGAUUGGACUUGCAAAGAACAGCACAAUGAAGCGAAUAGAGGUACAAAAGCACGGGGCUACCGAGAGACCUUUGUCUAAUGUCGAGUAGCUCGAAAUGAAGAACGAUACCAAGAUAGUCUGCGCAAUCGCCCAAGGCAUGGGCGAAGCCAGUCCCACAUACCUGUGCGUUUAUGUUAUAGUCCCGAAGCUUUGGUGAUCAUGCUCAUGUAUAUUGAGGACUGCUUGCAUGGCCAUAGCCUU